CCAGGGCACCCAACCGCACCACCUCCUCCUCCUCCUAUUCCUCCCCUGUCCCCGCACUUGCCACAUCCAGCAGCCAGGAGCAGACCCGCCUCAACGCAGCAGGCAGCAAUGCCUCCGGACGGCGACGCGGAGCUGGCGGCGGACGAGCUGCAGAGCCUCAGCUUCGGCUCCUCCGAGCGCUCCCGCUCCGCCUCCACCGUCUCCACCGCCACGGCCUCCUGCUCCACCUCCUCCUCCUCGGGGCCAAUCGCCGGCGUCCCCGCGCCGCGCUCCUGCAACCCCUCCGCCCUCGCCCCGCGCCUCGGCACGGUGCAGCUGUCGGACAUCCGCUUCGUGCGGAGGCUCGGGGCCGGGGACAUCGGCAGCGUCUACCUGGCCGAGGUGAAGGGCAAGGGCGGGGCGCUGGUGGCGGCCAAGGUGAUGGACCGGAAGGAGCUCCAGGGCCGCAACAAGGAGGGCCGCGCGCGCACCGAGCGCGAGAUCCUCGAGGCCGUCGACCACCCCUUCCUCCCGCGCCUCUACGGGGUCGCCGAGGGCGAGCGCUGGUCCUGCCUCCUCACCGAGUUCUGCCCCGGCGGCGAUCUCCACGUCCUCCGCCAGAGGCAGCCGCACCGCCGAUUCUCCGAGGCCGCCGUCAGGUUCUACGUGGCGGAGGUGGUGGCUGCGCUGGAGUACAUUCACAUGCUGGACAUCGUGUACCGGGACCUCAAGCCGGAGAACGUGCUGGUCCGCGCCGACGGCCACAUCAUGCUCACCGACUUCGACCUCUCCCUCAAGUGCGACCCGACGGCCCCUACUCCGGCGCACGUCAUCUCCGACCCCGUCGGCCUCACCGGCCGCCCCUCCGCGUCGUCCACCUGUAUCAUCCCUUCCUGCAUCGUACCGUCGGUGUCCUGCUUCAGCCUCUUCCCCGGCCGCGGCCGCAGGCGCCGGCGCCGCAAGAAGGCCUCGGGCGGCGGUGGCAGGGGCCUGAACGGCAGCAGCGACGGCAGCCUCCCCACCGGCGUGCUGGACCUGGAGUUCGUGGCGGAGCCGGUGGAGCUCCGGUCCAUGUCGUUCGUGGGCACGCACGAGUACCUGGCCCCGGAGAUCGUGUCGGGCGAGGGCCACGGCAGCUCGGUGGACUGGUGGACGCUGGGCAUCUUCAUCUUCGAGCUCCUCUACGGGGUGACGCCCUUCAAGGGGUACGACAACGAGAUGACCCUGGCCAACAUCGUGGCCCGCGCGCUCGAGUUCCCCAAGGACCCCUCCGUCUCCUCCGCCGCCAGGGACCUCGUCACCGCGCUGCUCGCCAAGGAUCCGGCGCGCAGGCUCGGCGCCACCGUCGGCGCCGCGGCCAUCAAGCGCCACCCAUUCUUCAACGGCGUCAACUGGGCGCUGCUCCGCUGCGCCACGCCGCCGUACGUGCCCCCGCCUUUCAGCGCCGCGGUCGCCACGGCCGCUGGCUCCGGCGGCCCCGGGAAGAAGAACAGCCCCAACGACGACGACGACAUGUCGGAUGACAGCUGCCCCGGCACGCCCGUGGAGUACUACUAGAUCGGAUCAGACACGAGGAAGCUCCCGCGCACGCACGCACGUACGUGCAACCAACAAGAUGCUGCCACUGACGGGACCCAAGCUGGAAGCUCGUACCACCCUUGUCCGACCCUGGCGCACGUGGUGGACCGCGCUGGAUGGCGCGCACGAGGCGGCCUUUGGUUGGGAGCAGGGCGCGCGCGCGCGGCCAGGCGCGGCGCUGUCGCGUCAAAUAGUUGCCGGCAGCGGCUGCGUCUGCGUGCGUGCGUACACGCCGUUCCAAUAAUAAUUUAUCGUUGCUUCUUUCUAGUAUUUUGACUUUACAUGGAGUAGAUGUAUGACACAUAGUUAGCACUUGUAGCAGUAGUAGAGUUGUAUUAUGAGCGCUGUUUGCUAGUAUGUCAGGGUUUUGCUCUGCUUGUAGUGGAGCUUUUUUGUGCAAAGAUGGUUAAUAAUUUGAUGUGCGUUUUGGGGA